AUGGACGAAGAGGUGAAUGUUCAGAUCCUUACCAGCGGAGACAUGGUGGACUGUUCGAAUGUCAGCCAGGGGCGUGGAGGCGAGAAGGGGGCAUAUGGGCAUGCCUAUGCAGCCACUGUGAACAGUGAACCGUGCAUGCCGCUGAAGAUGGUAACGCAUAGCUGGCGCAACAAGUUUUCCUUCCUCCUCGCGGCCAUCCUCGCGGAUGCCUUGAACAGUGAGAAGUAUGAUCAGAUCGCUCAGCUGCUUGCAGAACGCCAGCUCGGAAAGAUUGUCCGUGCUUUGCAGAAGGCAGGGAAGCUUGACGCCGCCUAUUGGAUUUGUGCAUUCUCGGUGAACCAGCACACGGGGAUUUGCGCUACACCGCCAGCAACAGACUCAACUGGCCACGCAAUCACUCCUUGCUGCUGCGCAACACCGAAGCACUUCGAUGGGGACCUAAGCGAGAUGAACAAGUUUGACGAUAUGAUGGCCUACCUCAAGACAUACUUACGGGGCCACGGCCAGGCUCGGCUGGAACAGGUGGUGGCCUUGGAGCAGGACUUCACCUUGCUCACCAGGGUGUGGUGUGUCGCGGAACUUGUCGAAGCGCACGAGCUUCACCUGCAGCAAGCUUUGAAGAUACAUUCGUCAGCUUCCAGGGAUCAGUGCCUGGAUCGCCUCGUCAGCUUGGAUGUUCGAAAAGCCGAAGCCUCCUUUCCUGCAGACAAGGAGCUGGUCUUGGGGAAGAUCACAGACGUGGAUGGAUUCAACAAAGACCUUCAACAGCUCAUGCUGCAUCGCCUGGAAGGCUUCUUGCAUGCGGAGCAGGUGAAGACUUUCGCGACCUUGCUUGAUGAAGUGGUUCUGGCAGUCAUCAGCGUGGCCAUCUGA